AUGUACACGUUCGGGGCAGUCCUGAUGCCAGCAUACUGCUAUGAAAGAUUGCAGCACGUCAUCGGCGACCUCCGCGAGCGCCUUGCACAAAAUCCGCCACGGUUGCCCUCCUGGCUGUACGUCGCUCCAUCCUCCAUCGCUGCUAUCGUCGCGGCCCUCGAGUACUGGGCCUCGGGCGCGAAACCCGCACUGACUGCUACGCGGCUCUACGACGCACACGACUACACCGACCCGCACGCCGUGCAUGGCGGCCUACAAGCACUGGAGAACAUGAACAUGCGGCCGGGCUCGGCAGACCCGCGCGAGCUGUUCCGCAACAUGCUCAGCGCGUUCACGGACGAGCAGGUCGUGAACGCGCCGUUCAUGCCCCCCGAGCUGUCCGUCGCGGAGGCGCGUGCGUUCGUGCGCCAGUACCAGGAGCCGAUCGUCGAGGUGAUGAUGGCCGGGCAGAAGCGCACGGACCAACCGAGCGUGGAGCAGAUCAUGUACCGCGCGAUGCACACGUUCUUGCCGCCAGACGAGUACCUCGGGCACCACCCGGACGUUGAGCGAGCGGUGCGGCGGCUGAAGGCCGGGAAGGACCUGUCCAGCGCUCUGCAGCAGAAGGCGAGUGACAUUGAGCGUCGCUUCGUGUUCUCGUCUCACUUCUGUGUCCAGCUCGAGCGUCAUGUCAAGUGUGACUUCAGGAAAAACGUCACCUUCCUCGACGACGAAUAUGUCGAGCAUCCGCUAUGGAACCGCACCGGCGUACCGCAAUUCCACCUUGCGCCGUUCGAGUCCUACGAGCACUUUGCCGACUUCAGCCGGGACUGCGGCCUGUCUGGUGGCGGCGCGGCAGGCGAGGAUGGGCGACGCGUCUACCAAAUGGCCAGCGUGUUCUUUGAUGGCGUCGCGAACGCCUUGAAGACGGUGCAGGAACAUGUCGUGCUAGAGUUCGUUGCUGGAAAUUUGACGCAGGUGCUUAUGAAGAUGCGGUAUGACGCCGAUGAGACGAGACCGUCGGGAUUCCCAAAGCUGUACACACGGGCAUGGCUGAGUAAUGUCCCGGACUACACGCAUGGGACGAUGGACAUCGCGCUGUACAUGGCGCCUCAGCUUCAGCAACAACCAGAAGCUGCUGUCGCAUGCAACUGCCUGUUAAACUCGGGUGCCUGGAAGGAUGACGAAGAGUUUUGCCACAACUAUACUUUCCUCAAACUCGCAGACGUUCCGCGAUACCUGGGCUGUCGCGUGGUGUCCAAGGAGGCCGUGAUGGCCGUCCUGGCGAUUGGCUCUCUCCCUCUCCCUCGGCCGCUCUCGGAACUGGCGUCUCGUCAAGAGUUGACAACCUGGCUGACGCGCGUACUUCUCGCGGAGCUGGUCUCCGGCCGCAGCAAGGAGCCCCCGUUCAAGAUCCGCAUGCCGCACGGUCUCGUCGCAUUCUUCGCAUUGCUGCUGCAUCUGUAUCGCGUUGGGUACCCCGGACACUGGCUUUCCGAUUUCCUCAACAGCGUCCCCUUUUCCGUCGGCGUGCCGCCCAACUGGGCGCGCAGCGCCUCCGAUCUCUGCGUUCUCGAGGCGAAGGUCCGCCCGGCGCGGAUCUUCUCGACCAGAUGGGAAGACCCCUCGCCUCCCUUUGCGCCCGUCGUGAAUGUGCUGUUCUACGACCCGCAGGUCUUCUCUCCGGGCGCGAAGAGCCUCAUUUUGUCGAUUCCAGACAUCCUGGAGGGGAGGAAGGACCCACCGCCCGGUUCCGUCUACAUCCUGACGUCCGUGGAAAGCCUCGACUAUCUCAUCCAUGUGCGCUGGCGUAUGAGCAGGCAGCGCUAUGCUCACAUGAAAGCGGAGCGGUGGGUCAUGGUCCUCUACCGAAAGGAUACCUACGAGCAAGUGUCCGGGAGUGUUCCUGCAUCCAGAUGGGAACAAUUGGCCGACGCUGUUGUUUGA